AUGGUGUCUUGUAGAGUGACAGAUGAAGAGCAUCUAAAGAGGAGACUCUACUUGUCUACUGUUCAUAAAGAGCUCUCAGCAACCCCUCUGCAUGCAAGAAUACCUCUAACCUGCCUCAAACGCAAUAUUUGGUGUAAUCUGUGUAUUGAUCUGGACGCCCUCACUGCUGAGAUAUUCAGAGGGGCACGUUUCCUGUCUCUGGAUGGGAUCAUCAUCUCCGCCUGCUGUAAGGUUCGAAGGAUCUUCACGAUGAAGAAUGAACCUGCAGAUUGCACGGAUGGAGAUUUAGAGCUAAUUACUGGUCCAAAAGAAGAGAUUCCAAAGAAUUGCCAGUUUCCUUGUGAAGUUCAGUAUAUUAACCAGCUGGUGAACACAAAAACACUGGGACAGACUGAUCUAAAGGGUGGACCUGCAAACUCAGAUACAGAAGAAACAGGUGGUGUCAAAGCAUCCAUUUCAAGGGGUCAUACCCCCCGGGACUCCUCCCAUAUUGCAUUUGGGUCAAAGGUUAUUGGACCUCCUCCACUGACUGCAAGGAAGAGCAGCACAUCAGCCAACAGGAAAGAGGAAAGAUCUAAAUCCGAACUGAGUCUCAACAUACCACAAGGCAGAGCUGAAAAUGUACAGCCUCGGCCACCACUUGAAAGGCCUUCAGCAGAGAGACUGGGCACUAAAAGACCACAGGGAAUUCACAGUGUGGGGAGAGAAACAUCAAGCACAGAUAAAGAAGGCGGCAAAAUUAGCCCAAACCAAGAGGGACCUGAGUCUCAAGGAAAAACUGCACUACAAAUCAUGUGCUCUGACUUAACAGUGGAAGAUAAAUUAACUUAUCUGAAUCUACAAGACAGUGUUUCUAGUGUGGAGACAUCUGGGUCAGCUCUCAAGCCUCCGUAUGCUUCUCUGCUUCCUAAAUGUGUGCUGACUACAGAUGAUGCUGACCUUUGUGACACGGAAAGUGAGCUCUCUCUCUGCGAUGAGGAAUACGAAGAGGAAGUCUUCACCUUCUCCUCAUGCCCGCACUUGGCCAGACGGAAUCAGACUAGCAACGACCCUGCCAGUGAUUUGACCUUUGGCCUUAAAGGUUACGAGCUGGUUACCGAAGGAGAGCGCAAAGAUGCACGUCUGGAGGAUGAUUUUGUUGGUAGUGAAAGUGAAGAGGAUGAAAGGCAUACUGACUUUCUCACCGAUAGCUGUACAGUCCAUUAUCUUCCUGCUCCUCCCCCAACACCUUCUAUACCAAAAUACAAAUUUUUACCCAAGUUCUCCACUGAACCAGUUAUGGCCCAGGCCUUCACAGUUGGGCAGACCUCCACACAUCAAGUCUCUGAGGGCACAAGAACCAAACCCAUGCAAAUAGCCCCAACCCACUGCCUCUCACCCAAUGCCUUCAGACCAGGGAGCAGGCUGGAUUGGUCUGAGGCUGGUAGAGCACUGCCUGAUGGAGAAACGAGGAUAUCUAUCAACAGAGCGUCUGUUCGCAAGAUCUCGAGAGAGAGUUCUGGUCUCCAAAAGGUGAGGGUCGAUAGAAGGGUUCUACCUUUGGGCUCAAGCAGGCCUGAUCUAAGGAGAAGUCAAGAAGACGAAGAGGAUGAGGAAGAUGAGCUGCGAAUGUUGGCCAGUCUAAAGAGAGAGCAGGAGGAAGAGCAUGAAGACAUGGGCGGACCGGGCCUUAGCGCAUCACAGGUUCACCAUUGCAACAUAAGUUUAAGUACAAGUAGUGAUGACACCUCAACCUGGACUCAAUGUAUUCCUUUGCCAGUUGAACAAGGCCAGCACUACCAGAAAGAAAUGAACCCUCUUCUUCACUCUAAUCCCAGAGAAUGGAUGGAUGUCCUUAGUCCUCCGAUAGUUCAUCCAAAUCAGCAGAUGGCAGAUGGGAAAGGAGACCACAGCACGGCCUCAACCAAAGGGUCUAAAUUACACGACACCAGUGGGGGAGAGGAGUUUCUCAAUUUAAUGUAUGAUUCCUGCCUCAAAUGUUAUUUUGAUCCACAGUCUGGGAAAUAUUAUGAGCUGCUCUGAUCUGAGAUGAGCUACAUCUACAGACAUGAAAAAGACAGCUGAUCUAUACUGCCACCAUGUAUGGAUUGGUGCAAGUGCUAUGCUGUCCUUUAAAGGGAAUUCUUUUUUUCAUUUUAAAUAAUUCAUUAAACUUGUUGAC